UGUUCAGACCUCUGGGAAACUACAAAAUGAUCAUGAUGGUUCCGUCUAGACAGGCCUCGGCAAUAGGACAUAGUAUUACGGUCAUCUAAAGUAACCAAGUGCCUACAAAGUCGACAACAUGGUCUACCAGCACGGAAACAACCACGACAUUCCGGACGAGCAUCGGGUGCAUAAGCCUGGAGCAUGGCUGCCCGCAGACCACCGCAUCCUCAAACACUGGCUCGGCCACCAUGUCAAACACGUCGACAAGGUCGGCGAGCAAGAGCUGAUUCCCGUUCUCAAGGAGUUCCAGGAUCUCAUCGAGAACAACACCCGCAUCCACAUGUACUUCUGCUCCAUGUGGGACGAAGUCCCUCACAAGCCCCCUUACAACAGAGACGUUACCGGCCAAAGCCAAAUCCGGGACUACAAGCACAUGCUCCAAGUGCUGAACCACGUCUUUGGCCGGGCACCCGAGUGGACCGAUGCCGCAGCGGGCGUCGGCAUGGUCGGCGUCCCUCUCGCCGCCAUCUUCGACUACGCCUCCAGCACACCCAGCGGGCACGCUGCCUUCCUAGAUCCCGACGUGAACCGCAUGCUCAAGAAGAUCCUAAACGAAUGGGGCAAGUACCUCAAAUCCCCGGACUCCGUCUCCGUCCUCGGCAACCACCGCGCCGGCUGGUUCGGCGAAGUAGGCUACAAAGACCUGAUGGAAGUGGCCAACGCCGCCGCCGGCACCUCGUACAAGUUCGAAGAAAUGUACCAGUGCGAUCCCUCGGCGCCCAACUACGGCUUCAAAUCCUGGGACGACUUCUUCACCCGGCGCUUCGUGCCUUCGGCCCGCCCCGUCGCCUCGCCCGAGGAUAAUCUGGUGGUGGCCAACGCGUGCGAGUCCAAACCCUACGCUCUGGCCCACGACGUCCAUCUGCGCGACAAGUUCUGGGUCAAAGGCCAGCCGUACUCGGUCCUGGACAUGCUCGCGCACGACCCGCUCAGCGAGCACUUCGCCGGCGGGACCGUCUACCAGGCCUUUUUGUCGGCGCUUUCGUAUCACCGGUGGCACGCGCCCGUGUCGGGAACUAUCAAGCGUGCGUAUGUCGAGGACGGGACGUAUUUCUCUGAGCCGCUCUUCCCGGCUAGUGGUGCAUCUGAUGAUCUUUCAGUGGACAGCACGGGCAGGGAAGGCGAGUACGAGAUCCUGCAAAAGGGGAUCACGGCGAGCCAGGGGUACUUGACGGCGUUGGCGACGAGGGCGAUCAUCUUCAUUGAGGCGGAGGCGAAGGAGAUUGGGUUGAUGGCGUUCAUCGGGGUGGGGAUGGACGAGGUUAGUUCGUGCGAGAUCACGGUUAAGGAGGGGCAGAGGGUUGAGAAGGGGGAUGAGUUGGGUAUGUUCCACUUUGGAGGAUCGACGCAUUGUUUGGUGUUCAAUAAGGAUGUUGGGAAGAAGUUACAGGGUUUCCCGAAGGUCGGGAGGGAGGAGAAUGUGCCGGUUAGGGCGAGGUUGUGUGCUGUUGGGAAGUGAGGGAUGGGAGUAUGUCUGCAUGAGUGGCUACCAUUAUGGUUAUUUGGCAAAAUCAAAGUGCUUGUGCUCAAGCAGCGUUCCUGAU